GGCCAUUGUGAUUUCCAUUACUAUUUAUCCAUUUUCUUGAUUUGCAUACCUAUAUCAAAGCUGCUUCUCGACCGUAGCCACCCAUGCGUCGCCUCUGACUCUCCGAUCUUCAUGGGCGCGCGGAUGUUAUCAACCGCCUAGCGCGUUUCAACGACACUUAUUUCACCACGGCGUUGAAGUGGAACAUAUCUGCCGCUCCUUUACUUUUGUACUUUCUUCAGUCCACCAUGGCCGAUUCAACGGAUGACGACAGCGGAGGCGUUAUCCUGGAUGGUCCGUUCGAUCCAGAUGCCCAGGCCACAGUGACCGAUUACAUUGACUACACCGAAUACCUUCCUGCCGACAUAGUUCGCUCCUUAUCUCUCAUUCGCGGCCUGGACGAACGCUAUAUUAAAGCCUCACAGGCCGUACACGAGCUCACCAAGACCUAUGGCCGCCUCCCGGACAUACCCCCAUACGAGAGACCCGACGCGCAAGCCCUCCGGAAAGAGAUCUCGAUACAACUCGACCGCGCAAUCAACGCUCGUGAAUCUGCCUAUGGCGAAGCAUGUCGUAUAUAUGAUGUUGUGGAUCGCCAUUUUGACCGCCUGGAUUGCAUAAAGCAGAAGCUGCGUGCGCUACCGCAGCCAGCGUCACGCGAACCCACUCCUGCCCACGAUCAAGGCCCUCCUGAUAACAAGCGCAUUCGUAUCGGAAGAAAAGGCGAAGCUGCACCGACAACGCGCAUUACCUUGCGCCUGGAUAAUAGAGAUCCUUCCGCAAGCACGACGCAAAAGUCAAGAAGUCGGCGGUCAGCAAUUGCCGCAGAACAUCUCGCUGGGCUACACCCAGACUCCCCAAUCGCUAGCACUGAGCAAUCCGACGUGGAGGCAGAAUCAAAACCGGUGCGUGAGUCGAGGGCUGUUGCCCGACCCCAGAAACCCAAAGUGGAGAAGGAGGCUGGACGGUCACGUCCGGGUGCGAGGCACCGACCCGUAGCUGGCAUAUCUACUAGCAGUGCUUUGGCAUUACUGAAGCCUCCUCCAGAGGAUGCUAAGCCUGGAAGCGAAGACCUGCCGUGGUUACGUCUCACAGAGUGGGAGAUGACCAAGCUGCGGAAGAAAAUGAAAAAGAACGCAAUAUGGCAACCAAGCGAAGUGAUGAUCCACCGUGAACUUGCCCUUCGUGGCCGCGGGUGGGACGCUUACAGAGCUGCGAAGGCAGAAGCCGAGGCAACUGGAGCUGAAUUCAUCGACUGUGAUGAUGUUAUGAACACCUACGUCUUGGGCAAGUUGACUCGAAAGAGUGACGUUGCCAAGGACGCUACGGCCACGAUGACAGAAACAAAGCUAAGCAAUCGUGGUAUGAAGCUGAAUGAAGCAAAAAGACUCAAGCGUGAGCACCAGGCAAGGGAACAAGCAGCUGCCGCCGCUGCUGAAUCAGAACUGGCAGCUAAGCGCCUUGGUGAUCCUGGUUCGACUUUGAAAAUCUCACUCCGUGGCUCUGCUGAUCAGAGGCAGGGUAUUUCUCCGGAAACAAAUCCGUCAAAUGAUAAAGGCCGGCCAUCCAGGAAGAGAAAACUGGAAGAAACAGCCCCCGAAGUUUCCCAGCCGGAUGCCCAAACGGCUGCCAGCUCUCUGCGUAGCACUGCGAGGAAGCGCAGAGCCAGUAAGGAAAGGAAUGGCAUAGCUGGUGAGGCGAGGACAAGCAUAUCGACGACAACAUCUAGCGAUACAAGGCAACCGGUGCGGCCUCCGAGCCCAGUCGAGUCAAAACGACCCAUAGCGAUACCAGGAGCUCCAGCAAGGAAUACACCGACUCCGUCCGAUACCCAUCCAUCCUCUCGGCUUCGAUCUGCCGCCGCAUCUGCGGAGCCUGCCAGCACCGUUGCGGGGGGAAGGGCCCUUCGCCGCAAAAGUGCCACCCCAGCCGGGCGAGCUGCUGCGCACGAACCAUAUCAUGCUCCCGGCAUCUCUGCACCGGGGGGGGCCGCCAAUCGCCGCCGAAAACGUCCCGCUCCAGGUCCAGUGUCAUCUGGCCAAGAUGGCGGGGCUGCAGUGAGCUAUGGUCGUCGUAAAGCCAAGCCAACCAAGAAACAUAUCGGAGUCGAAGCGCGUGAAGAAGGUAGCGGCUCCAUUGCCCAAAAUCAGGAUAUUCGGGUUGAUGAAGAUGGGAUUUUGGAGGAAAUUGACCCGAAUGAACCCAGAUACUGCAUUUGUGGGGAUGUUAGCUUUGGGACGAUGAUUUGUUGUGAGAAUCCCGAUUGCGACAGGGAAUGGUUCCAUCUAGACUGCGUCGGUCUCUCCGAGGUUCCCAGCCGAACGGCUAAAUGGUACUGUCCAGAAUGUCGCGUCAAAUUCGGCAAGGGGUAUGAUGGGAUUGUCAGGGCUGGAGCACGGAAGUGAAGGAUUGACCAUGCUGCAACUUUGUUCUUUAGUUAUGAUACCACGAAGUUACUUCGGCGCGGAUAUGGAGUUUGUUUUUCCUGUUUCCUUUAUAGAAAUAAUAUAAGGUUAUAUCCUUAUAUAUAAAUCGCCCCUCAUCCAGCGAGAUCCGUCCAGC